UAUAGAUGUUUAAAAUAGAAAUAGGUAGUAUGUUUGCAGUAUGCCUUAGUAUAAAUGAAAUAAUGAUGUUGGAAUUUUCAACUAUUAUUGAAUCAAUCAUUUGUUCAAAUAAAAAUUGUCAGAAAUGUCCAUCGGUAAUUGAACGUCCUAAAGCUACAUUACAUAUGAAACUACCAACGGUCAAAUCCAAGAAUUGCAUCAAUUUAUUAAUAAACGUCUUUCCGUGGAGAAACUUGCAUGUUUGCACAAUAAAAACGAUUCAUCAAACUGCACUGGAUUUCAGAAUAUUGAAUCGAACAUUUCGCCAGUACUUAUUUUCAUUGAAAUUCUGUUUUGGAAAGGUGAAAACGUUGAACACAGCAAUGAUGCAGGAUAUGCAUUAGAUUUAAAACUAUGUGAUAAUCCAAAAGGCAUAUCUCUUAAUGAAAAGUCGUAUGAACUUCGCGGAGUAACACAU